AGGACAGAGAAACGUGAGCUUUCUAUCAGAGGGAGAGGGUGGGGAGAUAGAGGGAGGGAGCGAGAGUUCGCAGGAGGUGGAUGAACACACAAUACGGUGAGACGAGAGGAGAGGAGGAAAGUGAGUCGGAAAGGAGGGAGGACAGGAAGAGAGGAGAGGAGAGGAGAGGAGAGGAGGAUGCUUGGUAAAAGUGACCAGAGGACGGGUGGAUGGAGGCAGAUGAGCAUCGUGUGAGGAUUUAGGUGUGUCCUUCUGUGUUGGAGUUUUCAUUCAGAGAACUGGCAGUGGGAGCUGCACUUUCCCUCAGACGCACACACACACACACACACACACACACACACACAGCCGUUUACAAACCAUACAUUCUUGCUGCGGAGAGUCAGACCUCCCCUGUGACUCCAGGGGAAGCAAAGGAUUUUACACCUGACGCACACACACACACACACACUCUCCCUCCCUCCCUCUCUCUGUGUUCCUCUCAUCACACACCCCAAGAGCACAUGUGUGUUGGAGUGGAGUAGCGACAGAUGGAUGCGCCAUGAAGUCUCAGCAGAAGUGCAUUGUGAUCUUUGCCUUGGUGUGCUGCUUCGCCGUCCUGGUGGUGCUGAUUUUCUCUGCUGUGGACAUUUGGGGCGAAGAUGAAGACGGGAUCACGGAGGAGAACUGCAGCAGGAACUGCAGAUCGGUGCUUGUGGAGAACAUCCCGGAGGACAUCUCCUUCUUGGAUGACGGCACCUCAAACCUCCCUCUCCUGGUGGGGUUGUACAACUUGCUGGACCGAGCCAUCAAGGUGGUGGAGAUAGUCUCUCCGCUGUGGCUCCUCAACUCCUCCGAUUACGAAUCCAGCUUCCAGCCGGCCGCCCGACAGGGCAGGGCUCUGCUGUCCAGGCUGCAAGGGCUGAAAGCUAAAGGAAUCCAGCUGAAGAUCUCCAGCGGGAUGAUCGACUCGACUGAGCUCGAGACGCUCGCCAAACACUAUGCCGAGGUCCACUAUGUGAACAUGACGGCGCUGAUCAGCGGCCGCCUUCAAGCCUCCUUCUGGGUGGUUGACAGGAGACAUAUCUACAUCGGCAGCGCCAGCAUGGACUGGAGAUCCCUUGCCACAAGGAAGGAACUGGGCGUGUUGGUGUUCGACUGCAGCUGUCUGGCUCUGGACCUCCACAAAGUGUUCAGCCUCUACUGGGGGCUCCAGUACAGAGACUUCAUCCCCUCCUUCUGGUCCAAGCGCGUCUUUGCCCUCUUCAACAGGGACGACCCACUGGAGCUCACUCUGAACAGAACCAAGGCUCAGGCCUACGUCUCUAGCUCCCCGGGAGAUCUCAUCCCCAAACACCGCAGCAGUGAUCUUGAAGCUAUUUCCAGGGUCAUCCAGGAGGCCCGUCAUUUCAUAUACGUCUCCAUCAUCGACUACCUGCCCCUCCUCAGCCGCAGUGCUCACAGGUACUGGUCCCGUAUCGACAGUCUCAUCCGGGAGGCUCUGAUCCUGAGGAGGGUCCGGGUGCGUCUGCUGAUAAGUUGCUGGGAAAAGACUCACCCGCUUACUUCCAACUUCCUCUGGUCCCUGAGGACUCUGUGCAUGGAUCAGGCCAACUGCUCACUGGAGGCUAAGUUCUUCAACCCCAGAGUGCAAAGCGACGGCAGUCUCCAGGGAGUCAACCACAACAGGUUCAUGGUGACGGAUAGAGCCAUUUAUUUAGGUAACCUGGACUGGGUGGGGAAUGAGUUCACCUUCAACGCGGGAGCCGGCCUGGUGAUCAGUCAGCCAGAGGGCAUCGAGGAGAGAAACUUCACCGUGGUGGAGCAGCUGAAAGGCGCCUUCGAGAGGGACUGGUUUUCCCGCUACACCCACUCGCUGCAGGACGACCAGAUCCCCGCCUGCAACAAGCACCGGAUCAACAAGCCGGUGCCCAUUAGGGCGGGCCCGCCCGCCGACGGGCCGGCACCGACGGGGCACGGCCGCAACGGCGUCAGGCAGACGCCCGUUAAAACCAAGCGGCACCGCGGCGACGGGAUGGGUCGCCAAGGCAAGGCCGGUGCGCCGGUGCCAAGCCUGGACGGCUGCCGAGACCAAGCGAGCCCCCUCGGCGACCGGCGGGUACAGGUCAAAGGUAGUUGCCGUGACGAUGCGACGGAUCCACGCGGCCAGCCGGCCGAAAGCAGCGGCGGCAGAGAAGCCUCCAACGGGUCCCUGUGACCACGGAGCGGACCGCCGUGAGAACCUCCAGCAGCAAUGGACUCGACACACCGGGUCUUUGUAGCAUUUUAAUGGUUCCCUUUUGAAGAGAACUUUUGAGACUUAAGUGGCGUUGGGGUUGAAGGAGUUGUCCCCUUAAAGAACCCAGACAUGAAAGUAAACUCAUUUUUGAAGGAACAUUUGGGUGGCGAGGAAACACUGAUUAAUACACAGUAAUGAUAACUUACAACAUUACUACUAAUUUCAUCAUUUUUCACUCCUUUUUGCAACCUCAAGAAAAGGAAACAGAUUAAAUCUUAUGGUCACUUUAGCUGUGGAAGUCAUCUUUUAUGAUUAAGAUGCCCGGAUGUCUAUGCAGAGAAGGAGAAGCAGUGAGGCACCUUAUUGGUGGAUCCUUUGGCCUUGUGUAGUGGUUUAUUUAUUGCUACCAGUAUUCUAAAUAAGUUUCUGUGUGUUUACAUAAUUGCUUGAACCGCAAACUAUUUUAUUCCUAAGGAUACCUUUACGUCACAAUCCCAGACUUUAUUGACCUAGAACUCAGUUCCAUAAACUGUUCAUCUUAUUCCAAUGUCCAGACACACACUCGUUCUUUUGUCAAUGUUUGCACUGAGAAGCGAAAAAUUACAAUUUAAGUUCAGACCCUCCGGAACAGACUAAAAAGUGGUGAGCUUCACCGUUGGUCCUGUCACAGAAACCACCUCUUGACUCAUUUUGAGCGUGAAUCAUGUCCACCGGGUCUGGAUCUUCCUGGAAUAGACGGACGUCACAUGAUCCGGGACACGAUGCGUCAUUCAGCUCCACCCAGCACCAUGUGCUUUUUAAAAAAAAUUGAAUUAAAUGACGCUCCAAUUGGACUAAUAAACUACGUAAUCGGAAGUUACGUAACGCCAGAUGCACCGCGGCGUGGGGUUUUCAAUCAGUAGCCGCCAUUUAGAAGCUACACGUGGGUUUCCCAGGAGGAAGAGGGGCUAUUCAUGGCGAAGGAUCCUCGUAUUUAAUCACUCCAACUCAAAUUUAAGAGAACAUUUUAAACGCACUCUUGUGAGUCAUUGAUUGAAUACCAUUUGCUGUCAACCAAAUCAAUAUAAUCUAUUUUUGAUUUAGAGCUCGACAGUGAAGGUUUCUGCAGGUCAAGGAAGCUGUUGCCUGUAAUCCUCUGACCUUUCCCGUGGUGAGAUAAAUACAUGAUUGUUAGCAUGGAAAACCUAAUUCACUUUGGACUGAACGCCUGUGGUGACUUUCAUUUGCAUUUUGAAUGAUUGCAUGCCAGUUUGAAACCUUUAAGCACUCUUCUGAACGCAACGUUUUACAACAAGGCUUUUUUCAGAUUUUUUCCUGACUUCCAAAGCCAUUCAUUGAGGAAUCAGGCAAACAUGCUACUAACUAUAAUCCUCUUAGCAGGAAAAAAAAAACAUUUCACUCUGCUGGGAAACAAGGUUUAGCUGCAACCAUAAAAAUGUCAUAUGUUUGGUGGAUACCAGCAGUACUCUGCAUGCAGUAAUUGCGGCUGCUCUUGGUGCAGAUGGAGGUGUAAGACUCACUCAGUGUCAGACGCACAGGUGAUAACACAUGCUCUUAAUGUACAGGCAGGGCUCACAGACACACACACACACACACACCACUUGACCAUUGUAAUCUGGUCAUGACUGUUAAAAUGCUGCCAUCUAGAGAACGUCACGAGAAAGAGAAACAAAGGCAUUUUUUAAACACAUUUUUCAGAAACUGCUGUUUAUGUGUCAAUUCGUAUGAAAUGUAUAAAAGUUAUCCGCAUGGGAUGAUUGAACCGAUUUUCCUCCAUUACGUUUCAACUCAAAUUACACCGAUUCCUACUAUUUCUUAGUAUGAGGUGAUUGGAAGCGAGUUACAACACAUGUUGCACUAAGAAUAAGUUUAAACAUAUAGCAUUCAAGUACUCGUCAAUAAUAUGCUGCUGUAUGAGAGCUCUAACACUUUUGCAUGGAGGGAACACAAUCACCCGUCUUCAUUUCUAGAACGUUUCCCCGGUGAAAGCAGAACUCGAUUAUUAUCUCAUUAUUUGAUUAUUUUGUUUUCAAAGUAUAUUGAUAAUUAAAAACAGGGACUGUUUUCCAGUUAGCGGGGAUCAGGACUACACUAAGUUUUACAAUCUCCUUUAUGCUAAUUAUAAAAUCCAAGCAAGACAGUAGUUUCUGAAUUACUGUCUGUCCGUCGACACCACUUAUAUCAAACAGGACUGCGCAGUUUUCAUUGGUUUCUAUGUGAAAGAUUCUGUGUUUUCUUGGAGAAGGGAAGGCGGUGUUGAUGUAGCUCAAGGUUUAAUACACUGAAGGAAUGUUCAAUUGAAAUGCAGUGAAACUCUAACUUUAAUGCUGCCUACCUUUAUCGAACUGUUUUGGCAUGAUUGCAUGCCCUGCCUUUAUGUAGUGUGCACAGUAGCCUUUCUAGCGAUACUAAUGAAAGCAUAUAUACCUUUAAAAGAUACAGAAGGAAUGUAUUAUAUUUAUUGAAUACCCUUGUCAAUGCACACUACUGAACUGUAUGAGCGCUAUGUUUUUACUCUUAAUAAAAAAUUACAAUUUA